UGAUGGGAUUUAGUAAAGAUUAAAGUAAGGACAGAAAGAAAAGGACUAAGGAUUCAACAAUCAACUCAUGUUAAAAGAUAUUUUUCAUUCAUUCAUUCAUUCAUGUUGAUCAUGCUAUGCUAUACUAUGGUUUGAUGACAAUGCUGAUUGUUAUGAUAUCAGACAAUGACUUGGAAUUAGAGAAGAAGAUCCUCCUGUCACUUGUCUCCUUUUCCAAACAUCCCAAUAACCACACAAGUAUACUAUAGUAUUAUAUAUAAUAUAGUAUAGGUAGAUAGAUAGAUAUGCAACAACUGUGCAGGCAGGCAGGCUCCCAAGCUAAAGAAUGAGAUCUAUAUUAACCUGCUGGCUUGGUUGCUGUAGGCAUAUAUCACACACAAAUGGUGGGGGUGGGGGGGCCUUAUCUGCCUUGUUUCAUCAAAAGAAUUUAGAGUUCAGCUCCAAUAUUAAACCUUGGAUGUAUGACUACUCCAUUUUAAUUAGGUCCCACCAUACCACACCACACCUCCCCUCCUCUUCUUCUCCCUUCUUAGCUUCUUUCCUUCCUUUCCUUCCACAUUCACCUUAACAAUUUUCUUCCCACUCACAUAAUUAAAUUCAUGGAGAAGACUGAGAGAGAGACUCGAGAUUUCAUGAACGUCGAGUCCUUCUCUCAGCUGCCCUUUAUCCGCCCUGCUCCCCAACUGCUCAAAGAAAAGGGUGCUGCCAUUAGGCUUUUCGGCAAAGAAUUCGGCUGCACCACCAGCAGCAGUAGAGACCAUGAUCAUGCAGACUCUGCUCGUGAUGCCGAAGCAAGUAAAGAUAGCAGCGGUGAUAACACUCCAGAGGCCAGCAGCAGGAAAUUCGAAUGCCAUUACUGCUGCAGAAACUUCCCCACUUCUCAAGCACUUGGGGGUCAUCAAAACGCGCAUAAGAGGGAGCGCCAGCAAGCAAAACGCGCCCACCUACAGUCGGCAAUGGUGCACGAUGCACAUGUUUAUGGCCUCAUGAGCAACUACACCCGCCUAGGCUCAUCAGCCCCACCACUUCCUAUGCCUUAUCACUCUUGGAGCAGCAACAACAGCAGUAGCAACAUCCCCUAUGGCGGCCACAGCAGGCUCUUUGGUAGCCAUGGCUCCUACAACUCUCAUCAUCCACAACCCAUUAAUGGGAGUCCCCUGGGACUGUGGCAAGCACCGGAAACUCAUGGAUUGUCGGUGUACAGUGCUCGGGAUCGCCAGCAUCAUCAGCAAAUUCCACUGUUUAAUUCCAAGGAUGAGCUGAAUCCAUUAUCAUCGUCAUCAAUACCUCCUGGUUCUCAGUUCCAACUAGGAUACAGACAGAAGCCUAACAUGCAAGAGACUGUGAGUUUGGAUUUACAUCUUUAGUUAAUACAUGCUCAUACUGCAUCUUGCAUCCUCACAGCCACAGGAUGUGAAUUGAUUUUACUAUUGGUGUUUCUUGAGCAAAACUGAGGAAUAGCUAGCUAGCCUACAAUUCUGUUUGUUGAACAAAGUAAGAGGACACUGUCUUCGAUUUCUAGUAAGACUACAAUCAGUUCAGUUGAUUGUUUUCAACAAUGAGAUUGUUAUUAUAUUGAUAUUCCCCACCCUGAGAUUAGACUAGACAAAACUCCAGUCUUCUGAACCCAUAUCAAUUACAACAUAGAAUCCAAUUCUUAGAUAGGAUAAGACAGGACAAGGUAGGAUUGCUUGCGUAUAUCUCAACCUAUCCUUGUGCUCCAACUGUUAGUGUCGGUAGCUUCAACACAAAAUCUUGCCCAGAUGGGAAAGGGAAGCAAAAGGGGGGCAACACUUAGCUUUUAUGUAUGUAUGUAUGUAUGUAUAUAUGUUCAAUGGCAUAGUAACCUCACACAAAUAAAUAUCUGAGACAUUAUUUUACAUGGCAUGGCAGUCACAACUACAAGCAAGUUGUAUAGGAUUGAUUAUUGACAAACAUUCUUCAACAUCCAAACUAUUACUGUUGUUCUUGUUGUUUGUUUCUAGAGAUUGUUUGGUUACUGUAAUAUAUUAGCAUUAUCCAUAGCCAUAGCACACCAGUUGAGGUUUGGGGUGGAAGGUGUGGCCAUAGGUUGAGAUAGAAUGUGAGAGCGGUGGCAGUCUAAAGUCCACAUAACAAUUUGUCCGUAGAGGAACUCUGACAACGUCAUAUUCAUGGCAAUGCCAAUUCAUAGAACCACGAGCAUAUAUACACAUCUAUAUGUAAUUAAUGCCAAAACCCAAUACAACAAAACCAUGAUUUUUUUCUUCCCCUAAUCCUAUGGUAAGCAUGCAUACAUAUUCUUAUAUUGUGUUUUGCAGAUUUCUCAUGAUAUUCAUUCAUAUUAAUCAAGGUUGGAUACUUGUUCAGAUUAUGAAUAUUAUUAUCAUGCUCGUUUUGAGAGAGAGAGAGAGUGAAGUAUAUUCAUUACCAGUAAAAAACUAGGGUUGUCUGAAGUUGCAUAAAUGGGUUCUGAGUUCUGACAAACACAUGUAUGAGAGUAUUUAUGGAACUACAUUAUUAAUCCACUCAGAGAGCAAAGCACAGUAAACGAAAAGGAAUGAAUAAUAACGAGGAGAGGGUGAGGGUUUACCUAAUUUACCUUACCAGAGUUACUACGUUCGGAAUCGGAUUGGUAGCUAGCUAUCGAUCGGUACCACUAUUCCAGUGUUCCUCUCCUCCAACUAUCUCAAGGCCCACAAAUUAAUUAAUGCACUCUCUGGUGGUGAGGACAGAGCAGAGAAACCUACAGAAACCACAUUC